AUGGCCAUCUCGCAAGACUCCGCCACUACGAAUCGGCCAUCAAAGCCGAAGGGUACACAGCUAGAACUCGCAGAAAAUAGCGACUUCUUGCAAAUCAGAAAUCGUCUCCAAGGUGGCACAGACGCAGCCGAGGUCGCAUCAGAAGGGCACCGCGUCUGUCGCAUCAACGCCUUUUUUCGGCGCGACCUUCAACAAGCCCGCGAUGAGGUUCGUAAGAACCGUAUCGAUAGACAAAGACAAGCUGUUCAAGAGGAUGCUCUCAGGGAACUACGUGAUGAGUUGCCCGCAACGUGCCAGAUGCUCGAGCGCCUCUGGGUUUUACUCGAGCAGCGGAAGGUCAAGAUACCCGACGACGUCAAGGCCGACUAUCAAGCGCUGAAGGUCAAGGGCUCGCAGGGCAAGAAGAUCGAAAACCCCAAAACGGAGACGGAGAGGAAGGCUGAAAGACUGCGGGUCGAUAGAUUGCACAAGGGACUCGAAGAAGGGAAAGCCAAGCAGACCACGUUUCUGUUACACACCCCAGACGGCGAAAUGUACGACGCGCGGAAGUCUAUCCUCAUUGCAGACGAAGCUGGAGAGGAGGACGUUCCCGACGAGCAGAUGACAGCGGAAGACGCUGCAGCUAUCGAACAUGCCGACUUCAUGAAGAACGGCAGUUCGUAUCAACCUCGGGCGCUUACUCUACCGUCUGGGCUUACUGCGAAGAACGUCGUUGCGGGAGUCAAACGCAGGUCAAACACCUCGAAUCCCUUUGCCACACUCAAGAAGCCCAAGCGGGUCGUCGACAGCCUCGUCAACAUCUACCAGUCCUACCAGAAGAUCGCUCUGCAAGCUGCAGAGGUGAACGAAUACCUCCGCACCCUACGCGCAGACUCUAUCACCAACGCUGCCCUGAUAGGCGUAUUGAAGAAUGUCCAAUCAGUUGCGAAACAAUACCUGGCCGCCCGGAAAGUCCACGAUAUCGCCUUCAAAGCUGCUCUUCGCAUCCCCGCUCAUUCGGACCCUCUAGUCUUGGAAGAAUUUGUAGCAACAGACGCAAAGGCAUAUAUGACCAUGACAACAGAGUGGAGCUCCAAAACGUUCAUGGCUAUGAAGUCGGCUCCAAAUAUGUCGGUUGCGAUGGGAAAAGUCCUGGAGGACCAGAUACAAGGAGUCAAGAAAAGCAACCCAGGACUUGCGGAAAGAAUGAGCAAGUGAAACCAGGACCGCAAAGGCCAUGGAAGCACCGGCAGCGAGGACCGCAAAACGCAGACUGGAGGAGAGAAGUAGAGGCCAGACAAUCGAAGAAGGCGAUGACAAGAUGUUGCGAUUUGGAACGGUGUAGAGUGGCGAAGGGCGGGACACGUGGAGACUGCAGGUGUCGCCUGUUGGGGGUGUGAGGAAACGCAGGCUGUUCUAUUUGCAGCAUUCCAGAAGCAUGUAUCAAGCAUCUUGGUAGCAUUGGCGACCACAUCUUGGAACCGACAGGUAGGUA